GACUGUGGCGCCCUCUCCCGACCCUGAUAGCCGGCCGCUUUCUCCUCCGCCCCUCCAGGCCUUCUCCCGCCCCCUCAUGCCUUCCUGGACUCCCUGUUAGAAUCAGCUUGGCCAGAGAGCCCCGCCUCCUCCUCUCGGUCCUCCCUUGGCCCACAGGUCUGGAGAUUCACCGGGAGGGUUUGGCACAGCCGGAGGUGGCUCCGCCUCCCGAGCCCGCCGUCUCCUCCCUUGCUCACCUCUACUGGUGGCCGCUCGCGCCCCUCCAUUGCGCCGGUAGCAGGAUCCGCAGCGGCCGCCGCGUGAGGCUGUGGUCACGUGUUGUUUUGCCCGCUGUCGUGCGCUCAGAGUGGAGUGGGCGGGGGCGCGGGCCAAGGCAGGAGGGGGCUGGGGCGGGCAGACGAGGGUAGACAGCCUCUUCCCCCAACCCUCCCUUUCCUGAAUUCCCCCUCCUCCUCGCUCACCUUAAAACCAUCGUGCAUCACCAUGGCGAGUUGCUCCUUCACUCGCGACCAAGCGACAAGAAGACUAAGAGGUGCAGCAGCGGCAGCGGCGGCAGCUCUAGCAGCAGUGGUGACCACCCCGCUUCUUUCCUCGGGAACCCCGACCGCACUCAUUGGGACCGGGUCGUCUUGUCCGGGAGCCAUGUGGCUCUCCACGGCCACUGGCUCCCGGUCAGACUCCGAGUCCGAAGAGGAGGACCUGCCCGUCGGGGAGGAAGUCUGCAAACGCGGCUACCUGCGGAAACAGAAGCAUGGGCACAGGCGCUACUUCGUGCUCAAACUCGAGACUGCUGACGCCCCAGCUCGGCUGGAAUACUACGAAAAUGCCAGGAAGUUCCGGCACAGUGUCCGCGCCGCGGCGGCUGCAGCAGCGGCGGCCGCCUCUGGCGCCGCGAUCCCCCCGCUCAUUCCACCGCGGCGCGUGAUCACCCUAUACCAGUGCUUUUCCGUGAGCCAGCGAGCAGAUGCAAGGUACCGACACCUCAUUGCUCUUUUCACCCAAGACGAAUACUUCGCGAUGGUGGCCGAGAACGAGUCGGAGCAGGAAAGCUGGUACUUGCUGCUCAGCCGCCUCAUCCUCGAGAGCAAGCGCCGCCGCUGCGGCACGCUCGGCGCGCAGCCGGACGGAGAGCCGGCCGCGCUGGCGGCGGCAGCGGCGGCGGAGCCACCCUUCUAUAAAGAUGUGUGGCAGGUAAUAGUCAAACCCAGGGGGCUGGGGCACAGAAAAGAGCUGAGCGGCGUGUUCCGGCUGUGUCUAACCGACGAGGAGGUCGUGUUUGUGAGGCUGAACACCGAAGUGGCCAGCGUGGUCGUCCAGCUCCUGAGCAUCCGUCGCUGUGGACACUCGGAGCAGUAUUUCUUCUUGGAAGUAGGCAGGUCCACUGUCAUCGGUCCGGGAGAGCUCUGGAUGCAGGUCGAUGACUGUGUGGUUGCCCAAAACAUGCAUGAGCUGUUUUUGGAGAAGAUGAGAGCCUUGUGUGCAGACGAAUACAGAGCCCGCUGCCGCAGCUACAGCAUCAGCAUCGGCGCCCACCUGUUAACCCUGCUGUCCGCUAGGAGGCACCUGGGCUUGGUGCCGCUCGAGCCGGGAGGCUGGCUCAGAAGGUCCCGCUUUGAGCAGUUUUGCCACCUCAGGGCCAUCGGCGACGGGGAAGACGAGAUGCUUUUCACCAGGCGCUUCGUAACACCCAGCGAGCCUGUGGCCCACUCCAGGCGAGGAAGACUGCACCUGCCCAGAGGGCGCAGGUCAAGGAGAGCGGUUUCAGUGCCGGCCAGCUUUUUUCGCCGCUUAGCACCCAGCCCAGCACGUCCCCGGCACCCUGCAGAAGCCCCGAACAAUGGAGCUCGCCUGUCUUCUGAAGUGUCUGGCUCUGGCUCUGGCAACUCUGGGGAGGAAGGCAAUCCCCAGGGCAAAGAAGAUCAGGAAGGAAGCGGAGGUGACUACAUGCCUAUGAACAAUUGGGGCUCAGGAAAUGGCCGGGGCUCAGGAGGUGGCCAGGGCUCAAAUGGCCAAGGCUCCAGUAGCCAUAGCUCGGGAGGAAACCAGUGUUCAGGCGAGGGACAGGGAUCCCGAGGUGGUCAGGGCUCAAAUGGCCAGGGCUCAGGAGGAAACCAGUGCUCUAGAGAUGGCCAGGGCACCGCAGGUGGGCACGGUUCAGGUGGUGGCCAGAGACCUGGAGGUGGGCAUGGCUCAGGUGGUGGCCAGGGACCUGGAGAUGGCCAUGGCUCAGGUGGUGGCAAGAACUCUGGAGGGGGCAAAGGCUCAGGAAGUGGGAAAGGAUCCGAUGGUGAUGGUGAACGUGGAAAAUCUCUGAAGAAAAGAUCCUAUUUUGGCAAAUUAACUCAAAGCAAGCAACAGCAAAUGCCACCACCUCCACCACCUCCUCCUCCACCCCCACCAGCUGGAGCAACUGGUGGAAAAGGGAAGUCUGGGGGAAGAUUCAGACUUUAUUUUUGUGCUGACAGAGGAGCCACGAAAGAACGCAAAGAAGCCAAAGAAGUGAAAGAUGCAGAGAUCCCAGAAGGUGCAGCUCGAGGUCCCCACAGAGCCAGAGCUUUUGAUGAAGAUGAGGAUGACCCAUACGUGCCAAUGAGGCCAGGGGUGGCCACCCCUCUUGUAAGCUCCAGUGAUUAUAUGCCAAUGGCUCCUCAAAAUGUCUCUGCUUCAAAAAAGCGCCACUCUCGAUCCCCUUUUGAAGAUUCAAGAGGGUACAUGAUGAUGUUUCCCAGAGUGAGCCCACCACCUGCUCCGAGUCCUCCAAAAGCACCUGAUACUAAUAAAGAGGAUAACUCAAAGGACAAUGACAGUGAGAGUGACUACAUGUUUAUGGCUCCUGGAGCCGGUGCAAUUCCAAAAAACCCCAGAAAUCCUCAGGGUGGCUCUUCCUCCAAAAGUUGGAGCUCCUACUUCUCUCUACCAAACCCUUUUCGGAGCUCACCUUUGGGACAGAAUGACAACAGUGAGUAUGUGCCAAUGUUACCUGGAAAGUUCCUGGGGAGGGGCCUAGACAAAGAAGUCUCCUAUAACUGGGACCCCAAAGAUGCAGCUUCAAAGCCUUCAGGUGAGGGAUCAUUCUCAAAGCCUGGAGAUGGGGGAUCACCUUCAAAGCCUUCAGAUGAUGAGCCCCCAAAGAAUAAAGCUAAGAGACCUAACCGACUUUCUUUUAUUACAAAAGGAUAUAAAAUCAAGCCAAAACCACAAAAGCCCACACAUGAGCAGAGAGAAGCUGACAGCUCUAGUGACUACGUCAACAUGGACUUCACUAAGAGAGAGAGCAAUACACCAGCUCCCUCUACUCAAGGACUACCAGAUUCGUGGGGCAUAAUUGCUGAACCCAGACAGUCAGCCUUUUCUAAUUAUGUGAAUGUUGAGUUUGGAGUGCCAUUUCCAAAUCCAGCAAACGACCUCUCAGAUCUUUUAAGAGCUAUACCACGUGCCAACCCCUUAUCUCUGGACAGUGCUAGGUGGCCACUUCCUCCCCUUCCCCUCAGUGCUACAGGUAGCAAUGCUAUUGAGGAAGAGGGUGACUACAUUGAAGUAAUUUUCAACUCAGCAAUGACACCAGCCAUGGCUCUUGCUGACAGUGCCAUUCGCUAUGAUGCUGAAACAGGUCGAAUCUAUGUGGUCGACCCAUUUUCUGAGUGCUGUAUGGAUAUUUCUCUCUCCCCCAGCCGAUGUUCUGAACCACCACCUGUAGCUAGGCUGCUGCAGGAAGAAGAGCAGGAGAGAAGACGCCCACAAAGCCGUUCUCAAAGUUUCUUUGCAGCAGCCAGAGCCGCUGUCUCUGCUUUUCCAACAGACAGCCUCGAGAGAGACCUUUCCCCAUCCUCAGCCCCGGCUGUCGCUUCGGCUGCAGAGCCGACUUUAGCCCUCAGCCAAGUUGUAGCUGCGGCCUCCGCGCUCGCCGCAGCCCCGGGCAUCGGCGCAGCAGCCGCAGCUGCUGGAUUUGACUCCGCCUCUGCCCGCUGGUUUCAACCUGUUGCUAAUGCUGCUGAUGCCGAAGCAGUAAGGGGAGCCCAAGACGUUGCCGGUGGCUCGAACCCUGGAGCCCACAACCCAUCUGCAAACCUUGCCAGAGGUGAUAACCAGGCUGGCGGGGCUGCCGCUGCAGCUGCCGCUCCGGAACCACCACCUCGCAGUCGCCGGGUGCCAAGACCCCCGGAGAGAGAAGAUUCUGACAACGACGACGACACUUACGUGAGAAUGGAUUUUGCCAGACGUGAUAACCAGUUCGACUCUCCCAAAAGAGGAUAAAUUCCAGAAACCUUGAGUGUUCCUUUUCUCUGUCACUAGUAAUGACAGGCAAGUCACAUUUGCUGUGCCUCAUUUUCUUCUUUUAACCCCCCACCCUUCUAAAAGAGGGUGUGGUGACAACUUGAUAAUGGAUAUGAAUAUUAUUUCAAAGGUUUAAAAAGCAGUUAAAACAUUUAAUUCAUAUAUCUUAUGGAAAAUCGAGGAAAGCAAGAUAAGGCUGGAGGAAGACCUGACUCCAGGGGCAGCUUACCCUGGAAUGGUGGAAGUUUUUAAAGGGCUACUUUUGCAAAGGAAGAAGUAAGGAAGAGUAGGAGCUGUCAGACUUGGAAACAAGACUUAGAGUAAUUCUACUGUGUACAACAUUGUGGAAUGUUGUCAUCAGUGUGUCUUGAAACAUUUUCAAGAGAUGAUUGCAGAAGAUGAUGUCUCCAUAGUCUCAACUACCUUGCCUCUUAAGUAGAAUAUGCUUCUUUCCCAGUGAAGGGAAGGGAUGGACCCCAGCAGUUUUCAUUCCAGUAGUCAGUUUAGUGAAGAUUUUUGCUUUGCUUGCUUUGUGGAAUGCUUUUGUGAUUGGAUCUCUGCCCACUGUGCUUGAUCAGGCAGAACAAGUCGGGGACUGAUCACAACAGUCACCUAACAAGCUCCCUAUUUAAUGCAGGUGUAGCCCCCCCCCACAUCCCCUUUUUCUCCCUGCUAUAGAAAACUUGCCAUACACAAACUCACAUUUGCAGCGUGGACACAUUAAAGAGUGAUCAUUAAAACAACAAAAGGAUGCUUUGGCUUGCCAAAGGAUUCAAUUCAGACCUCUUUUAAACUGUGAGUUCCCUCCCCAACACACACACAUACACACAUACACAAACACACAUGAUCACCACUGCUACCAUAAUCAUACAUUUAAAAUAUAUAAUUUCAUUUCCAAGUCUUUAAUCCAUAAUAAGAUUUUCAAGAGUAGAUCUACUUUAUUCUGUAGAAUAUACCUGAAAAUUGAUCUCAAGCUAUUGUUUGAGUCUAACUAUUGAAGACACCAUUUAUAAUUUUGAUGUAGAUGAUACAUAGUUGCCUGUGUCCCUGUAGUACUUUCAAAAGGACCAGUUUUCAUAGAGGUUUAUUUUAAGAAGUUUAAGAUUUAAAUAGUGAAAUCUUACUGUUCCUUGAAUAAAUUCUGACUUCCCAAGGAAUACCUAGACACAAUGAUCAUUAUUUUAGCAUAAAUUCCUGAUUUAUGACUUUGUAGCUAUUUUGGAGAUUUAACAUUCUGUAAAAGCAUUGUUUAUUGAGGAAAUUCCUAGCUUUAUUGAGUGACUUUAGCAAGGAAGCUCUAUCUCACAGGGAGGCAGGCGCUUAGGUUGAAAUAAGAGAAUCAACGUGGAAGCACUUUGGAAUGUUAAAGCACUUUACAAAUGUAAGAUAUUUUUAGUGUCAUUGGAUUAAUACUGAAGUGAAAUUUCGGCAGUUUAAACUGAUUUAGUUUCUUGCAAAAUAAUUGAUCUUGAGGGUGAUUCCU